UUUAUAUUUUACAAAAUUACUGUAUCAAGUAAAUUAAUAUGUAAGGUGUUGAUCAUGUGUUUGUUUUUAUGUCUGAGGACGCUCCUGUGUUGCGAAUAUCGCUAUUUACUACCAAACACGUGCUGUUGCUGCUGUUACUUAGAUUGUGGAUGUAUAUUCCUGGGCUUAGUAGUGUUGCUACUGCGGAUAGCUAUUUGUAUAAACUUUGUUUUGGAAGUAGGAAACUUCGACGUCAUCGGCAAGCCUAACCUGGCACACAUAUCUGUGAUGGUGGUAAUGGUCGGUUGUGCCAGCACCAUAUUUCUUCUCGUUGGUGCGAUUUGUGGAUGCUAUCAAUUAGUGUAUGUGUUCGUGUGCAUGGAAUGUCUUUGGUAUCCUGGUUUUCUAUUGUGGUUCUACUUCCUUUUCAACUCAGACGCCGGUGAAGAUGACAUCGGUUGGAUGUUAACAGUAGCUUUGUAUAUCUUCGAGGACUUUAUACUGUGGGGUCUUUCCUAUGUCCUAAUAUUUUUAACAGUGCUUGAAGUUUACCUACUAAUAUUAUCCUGCAGUUUGUACGAUGCUCUUCUCUGUAUAUACGGCAACCCAGAUGAUUAUGGGCCUCCUUACGUCGUAAUUGCCUCUUGA